CUCUGAAAAUUUACCACGUAUGGAGAAAAAUAGUAGUGGGAAACAAGAGCAAACAGUGAUUGAGUUCGGUAACAUCGAGAAGGAGACUCAGUUCUAUGUCAACUCACUCUCCUCCCGUGAAAUGGAUUCUCUUACUGCUAUUUGUGACACCUUCUUGCCCUCCAUCGGUGUCUCCGCCGGCGCCACCGUCAACGANCUUCCGGGAUUUCGGUUUCACCCGACGGAUGAAGAACUUUUAGGGUUUUAUCUUCGCAGAAAAGUUGACAAGAAACCCAUCAGUAUCGAUCUCAUCAAACAGAUUGAUAUCUACAAGCAUGAUCCAUGGGAUCUUCCAAAAAUUAGUACUACACUGGACAAGGAAGGGUACUUCUUUUGCAAAAGAGGGAGAAAAUAUAGAAACAGCAUAAGGCCAAAUAGAGUGACCGGGUCUGGAUUUUGGAAAGCAACUGGGAUCGAUAAGGCAGUACAUUCUGAUGGAGGACAAAGGCGAGAGUGCAUUGGACUUAAAAAAACACUAGUAUACUAUCGUGGAAGUGCAGGAAAAGGCACCAAAACUGAUUGGAUGAUGCAUGAGUUUCGCCUUCCCCCCACCGAUACUACCACCACCAAUGCUAAAACCAUUCUCCAAGAAGCGGUAGACGAGAAGAAUGAGAACUUUUCAUGGAAGGCAAUAGGCUACAAUGGACCAGACCCUAAGUUCAAGGCACAAACCAAUCAAUGCAAAACAUUGGAACAAGCUAUAUAUGAGACCUCAGAAGGAGAAGAAGAAGAGAGCAAAGAAAAUGUUGAUAAAGAAGAGCUUUAUGGACCUCUUUACAAAGGCCUCAUAACUAUGCAACUUCCAAGAGACAUAGUUGCCAGUAGUUUGAGGGAAGCAGGAUUCCCUGUCUCUGCUAGGCACAAGAAAGUUAAUGCACCAAGCAGCAUAAGCAACCCUUCUUUAGUAGUUAGAUGUGAUGCAGUGGUGGUUGGUUCAGGCUCAGGUGGUGGCGUAAUUGCUGGUGUUCUUGCAAAGGCUGGUUACAAAGUGCUUGUUUUGGAGAAAGGAAACUAUUGUGCUCGAACCAAUCUUUCGCUUCUUGAAGGUCCUACAAUGGAUCAAAUGUACUUGAAUGGUGGUUUGCUCGGAACUGAUGAUAUGGCGAUGGUUAUACUUGCAGGCUCUACUGUUGGUGGUGGCUCUACAAUCAAUUGGUCAGCUUCAAUUCAGACUCCACAACAUGUGGUUAAUGAGUGGUGUAAUGAGCAUGAGCUUGAGUUAUUUGAUAGUAAAUUGUACAAGGAAGCAAUGGAUGUCGUGUGUGAGAAAAUGGGAGUUCAAUCAGAAAUUGUUGAAGAAGGAUUCAAUAAUGCUGUUUUAAGAAGAGGGUGUGAAGAAUUGGGGUAUCCGGUAAAGAAUAUACCGCGGAAUGCACCAGCAGAUCACUAUUGUGGUUGGUGUUGUCUUGGCUGCAAGGAUGGAAAAAAGAAGGGUACAUCAGAGACAUGGCUUGUGGACUUGGUGAAUUCUGGUAAUAGUGCAAUUCUUCCUGGAUGUGAGGCAAUAAAAGUUCUGCACAACUCAAAGAAAGGACGAGAUCGUAACAUUGCAACUGGAGUGGCUUUUGAAUUCGAAUACAAAGGAGUAAAAGACAUCUGCAUAGUUGAGUCUAAAGUGACUGUUGUGGCAGGUGGUGCUUUAAGCACCCCAACUCUGCUAAAAAGAAGUGGCUUUAAGAAUGCUAAUAUUGGCAAAAACCUGCACCUCCAUCCUGUGACAAUGGCAUGGGGCUACUUUCCAGAUACACCUACUAAUGAAUGGCCAGAGAAAGAGAAGAAGAGCUAUCAAGGAGGAAUAAUGACAGCUAUGUGUAGUGUUGCUGCAAAUUUUGACAAAUCAGGUUAUGGAGCACUGAUUCAGACACCUUCACUACACCCUGGAAUGUUCUCAAGCUUGAUGCCAUGGGUUUCGGGCACAGACAUAAAAUUGAGGAUGUGCAAAUUCUCCAGGACAGCACAUGUGAUUGCCUUGGCGAGGGACAAAGGAUCAGGCACGGUGAAUUCACCAAACUCAAUAAGUUAUCAAAUGGAAGCUACAGACGAAGAGAAUCUGCAGAGAGGGCUGGAGAAAAUGCUGAGGAUAUUGGCUGCAGCUGGAGCAGAAGAAAUUGGAACACAUCAUGCUAAGGGGAAGAAACUAAAUGUGAAGCAAGUGAGUGCACAUGAGUUUGAAAGGUUUGUUAAAGAAGAGAGUUCAAGACCAUUAAGGGACUUAUCAACACCGCUAUGUUCAGCUCAUCAGAUGGGGAGUUGCAGGAUGGGAAAUGAUCCGAAAACAUCAGUAGUGAACCAAAUGGGGGAGACAUGGGAGGUUGAAGGACUUUAUCUGGCAGAUACAAGUGUUUUUCCAACUGCUUUAGGUGUGAAUCCAAUGAUCACAGUUCAGGCAAUAGCUUACUGUACUGCAGAAUCCGUUCUUGAAGUUCUGAAGAGGAAAAAGUGUAGGUAUUAACUGACUUGGCUAUGUUGAUCUUACUUCAUGUAAAAACUUUUAAACACAAUCAACUUUGCUUUAGUGUUCUCUCCAAGUUGUACAACAAUAAUAAAUUCAAUUUAAUCUUCUCUAUGGGACUGUUAGU